UUCGACUACACCGACCUAUGCAGCAGCCAGGGCGUCAUGGACCCCCUGACGGUGCGGGCGUCCUCACAAGGAGUCCCCAGCCCCGGGGCGCAGUCGGCGGCGGGGCAACCACCGCCCGCCAGGAGCAGACCCUGGCACGACUUCGGACGACAAAACGACGCGGACAAGAUCCAGAUCCAGAAAUUGUAUACCAACUACGGCUUCAAGUACACCUUGGAGACGCCCAUCUCGACGUCGCAGAGGAGAGAAGACGACAGGGUGACGUACAUCAACAAGGGCCAGUUCUACGGCAUCACCAUGGAGUACAUCCCGGACCCGGAGACCCCCAUGCUCAAGAACCAUACGGUCAAGAGCGUGGUGAUGCUGAUGUUCAGGGAAGAGAAGAGCCCCGAGGACGAGAUCAAGGCGUGGCAGUUCUGGCACGGCAGACAACACAGCGUCAAGCAGAGGAUACUAGACGCGGACACCAAGAACAGCAUGGGGCUGGUGGGCUGCAUCGAGGAGCUGUCCCACAACGCCAUCGCCGUCUACUGGAACCCCCUGGAGAGCCCGGCCAAGAUCAACGUGGCGGUUCAGUGCCUGAGUACGGACUUCAGCAGUCAGAAGGGCGUCAAGGGACUACCGUUACAUAUCCAAAUCGACACCUACGAAGACCCGAGAGACGGCCCCGUGUACCACAGAGGGUACUGCCAAAUCAAGGUGUUUUGCGACAAGGGUGCGGAGAGGAAGACCCGGGACGAGGAGAGGAGAGCGGCCAAGCGGAAGAUGACGGCGACGGGGCGCAAGAAGCUGGACGAGCUGUACCACCCCGCGGCCGAGCGCACCGACUUCUACCACAUGGCGGACCUCCACAAGCCGCCCGUGCUCUUCAGUCCCAGCGAGGAGCUAACGUCUAUGGAGUUACAAGGAUUUUACGGUCACGACACGGAUAACUCGAGCGUGUCCAACGGGGAAGGCGGCCUGAAGAGCGCCACUGGCGGUGGCUCUCCCUUUCUGCUGCACUCCACCAAGCCCCUUGCGCACCAGACCCUCAAGUUUCACAAUCACUUCCCACCAGAUGCGCCAGGUAUCAAGAAGGAGCACUCGAUGGAGACGGAGCCGUUGUCGACGGACGGUGGUCUGUUCAGCUCGCCGGCGCUCAAGAGGCCGCGGCUGCUCGGGCCGCCCGGGACUCCCCUGGGGAUGGGCUCGCCGGGGGCGCCGCAGCUGCACCACGGCCUCGGCCCCGCGCCCGGCCACGCCCCCAGCCACGCGCCCCUCAUGGGGCACCCCGGCCAUCCCGCCACCCCGCCGCUCGCGGAGCGGGUCAUGCUGUACGUGCGGCAGGACCCCGAGGACGUGUACACCCCUCUGCACGUCGUCCCCCCCACCGCCCAGGGCCUACUCAACGCGAUUGAGAAUAAGUACAAAAUUUCCCCUUCAAGCAUAAGUAACUUGUAUCGAAAAAACAAAAAAGGGAUUACGGUCAAAAUUGAUGAUGAAAUGGUUAAACAUUACUGCAAUGAAGAUCUCUUCAUCAUGGAAAUUAAACAAGACAGCCAUACAGAUGAAGAGGAAUUGUAUGAGGUCACUCUCAUAGAGCUUCCCAAUCCAUGAAGAGAGUAAAACAGUGAGGUCCCGCUUGUAGCUGGAGUAGUGUGGACAAUACCUGACAUUUUCUUGUCAGAUACACCAGCUACAAAGGAACUUCAAGCCUCGACAAGAAACCAACUGUAAGGACUGCAGGAUCUUGUUGAGUGAAAUGAGCGGCUGUGAAGAACGCAAUUCAACUUGCUGGAGGAAAAGUUAAAGAAAGUGAAAAGUUGCGCUUCAGGUACCACCCUCAUGAACAUUCAAUGUGAAUGGGUAUGCAAAGCAUUGCCCUGGGACUCUGAUUGUUUUGCUUGUGAUUGUACUUGUGAUUUCUGAUGUAUUGUAGGAUUUUAUUUUUUAAUUUAUUACAUUCCAUACAGAGGUUCUCUGUUAUAAAAUAUUUUUUUUUAAAAGGCAUGUUUAGCAAAUGAAAGACAUUGCUAUUGUGCUCCAACAAAUAAAUGGUCUAUGAGUUGCUCAGUGGUUGGUCACUUAAAAUAGUCACAUAAUGCCUUGUUCUAAAACAAGUGAUAAGUAUUUCAGAUUACUAUUUAGAUUAUAAAUAAAAACUGUAUUAAAUAUGUCAAGCAUAAUCCUUCUUCAGGGUGAAGUGUGAUCUCAAAAUAAGUGGAAGUUCAUUUUUGAGUGGGUUCAUAGAACCUGUCACUCAACAGCAAUCAAAAGCAAUGAUGUAGUGCAAUAACUGAGGCUGUACAACGGGUCUAAGUUACAUUCAUUAUGAUGGUGCCCAAAGCCCUAAGUCAUGCUUUGGGGCCCAAGCUCAACGUGGAACAAGACUGCGUGCCGGUAGCAUUCGCUCAAAACUUUGUCUUUGUGAUAAAAAAAAGACAUAUGAUAGGCUAAAUAUCUGAGUUAAGUGUGUCUCAAUUGGCUCAGAUAUGCUCAAUCUCAAGUAUCCACGCCAUAAUACCUGCAGGGAUUCUGAGGUGGGGAGACUGUUGUACCAUGAGUGUCCACUAUGCUCUUGUACAGUAAGUGUCUAAUUUAUUUCAGUAGUGUUCUUUGUUUUGUUUUCUGAACAAGUUAUCACAGAAUGUUAUUUUUUUUAAAUAUCAAUUGUUAACAGUUUUAUAACAAGCUACUUUUGUAAAAAGAAUGUUGUUUUUGUAAGUAUGUAAAUGAAAUGAAUCUCUCUCUAUCGUCUUUACAGAAAGAUCUAUAUAUUUUAUAUUUCUAUAUUCUCGUAGAAUUUCUAAAACAAGCUGUCUUUGCAGUGAGUCAAAUGUGCCAAAAAUAUUAAAUUAGAGCAGCAUUCUUAAAGGCAUUGCCUUUAAAUUAAUAAAGUUUUGAUUUACUAAAAACCAUUAAAAAUGGUGCCGUAAACAGUUAGAACUAUAAAUUUGGAUUCCUGUAUUGGGAAUGCAUUGCAAUUUGCAGUGAACUGAAAUCAAACAUAUUCUGCCAUAAUGUUAUAGACUGCAGUGGCCGUGUAGGUUUAAGUGAGCAGGCAACAUGACGGAAAGCGUGGUACAAAAAAAGUCGUGGCUGACCGUCUGUUCAGCCUAGCAACCAAAAUGUACAAAUUAUAGAGGUAUUAUAGCCUUAACAAAUUAACAACCACAUUUUCAGAAAUUAAAGAAACAUCCCACUGUAUGUAUUGCAUUGUUGUAAAUAGAUAUUAUUUUGAGUACAAAUAGAAACCUAUCUUGCUUGAAGAGAUGCAUCAAGAAAGGUAUGCACAACCCAUAUUUUUGUACUCAAUGUGUGAUAGGAAAAUUUGUCUAUCAAUAUAUUCAUGCCAGGAAUUUUAACUCAUAAGUUCUUGAAUUCACUUGAAUGUUGUGCUUUGUUUCUAUACAAAAGUUUUAUAUAAAUAGUGUUUGUAGGAGAAAGUCGGCUCUUAACUGUGGAGUCGCCAUGGCACUUAAAGGCCAGCCAUGUAUCAUAGUAGUUAUGUUGUGGUAUUUUGGACACCUUCGAGUUGCUUUAUGUUACUUUUUUUAAAUAAUGUACUAUUAUAGUUAUGUUUUGUGCCAAACUGUUCUGGUGCAAAAUAAAAAUUUAUAUUAUGUAUUACACAUCUAAAAGAUUAAUUUACCCAAACCUGCUCCUGCCACAGAUGUCCUCUCUUACUGAGAAUUAUUAGUAUAAUGGACCCCCCGUAUACAUAAUUCACUUGGCUGUGAAAAAACAAACAAGACAUCUCACGUCUUCAUGAAAAGACAAGACUACUUCUUGUUUCUUGAAUGAGCUAGAGUCGUAAAUUGGCUCUAAAAUAAACCAGCCUGGUACGUAGGCAACACAUUUCUCACACCGCGUUCUGAAAUUACGGUUUAGUCGAGUUUCUUACAUGAAUUCAGAAAGAAAAAGUUAAUUAGAAAGACUUAAUAAAAUUGUCUCACUACAAUGCCCUUAAAAUCGGGUUAAGGUAGAGUCUACAUUCGGUUUCAAAUUUAAAAUAAAAACCGGUUGAAGUUGAAUUAGCGCGCGCUCGAGUAAACUGAGUGGUCAAAUUUUUCAUACCGUGCUACCCGUAAACCGAAAAGCGCGGGAGCGUAUUCUUCGAAAAAAUUUGGCUUUGGCAUUGGCCUGUUGUUUAGGCUUGUAACUUUGGUUGUCUAUUACUUCCCUUUUCUAGUAUUGUCAUUCUAUUCUUAGCUUCGGAAAUAUUAAUUUACAUGGUGAGAUUUCUUUUGCGCAGUAAUAUGACUAUGACAUUUGAGCAAAUUGUCUUGUCGCAAGAUGCACCUGUCAAAUUGUUGGUUAGGGGGUUAGGGAUAUCAGAAACGUUUUGAAAACCAAAUUGCAAACUUACCCAUGGAAAGUAGAAUGUCCAUCUAAUAAGAAUAACGAAGUUGUUAUCUGCAGUCCCCUGACUGCGGUUUGCUUCGGAGUUUGAUAAGGAUGAUCUCUUCGGAUCGAGGGCAAACUUUCAUUGUCAGACCAGACCACCAUGCUUGGAUCGUUUGUUUGACAUGAGAAACUGUCCAAGGGUUACGACAUCAGCUUAGCAGCCUAUGUGUCACCCGAUGUAUGCUGAUUCGGCGUCACAGCUCACAGCAUGAGAAAUGGACCCUUUAUCUCAAGUUCACAGGAAUGAAUCUGGUAUCCAGAUAAGCCCCAAGUCACCAGCAGAAACAAGCCGGCUACUUGAGGAAGACUUACUCUUAUAAUGUAAAUCAUUUGAAACAAUAAAGAAUAGAAAAUGACUA